CAUAACUCCUUACUGAUUGUUAUUUAAGAAACAAAAUGAAAGAAAAGUUCAAUAUGGAUGAAAGAAUUAUGAUGGUCAUUAAAUAUUCCAUUACUUUCGUGAGUUUGACGUGUUUGAUGCUUGAACUGUGUGAAAUGUCUCUAUGUAAUCAACACCAACCUGUCACAAAUUGCAGUUUUGACAGCUGGUUAAUACGGGACUGUGCUGUGUGUAGUGGAAAUUACAAUCCUGGCUUGGGUUUAGGGCAGAAACGGUCAAUGUGCUGUCCGAAGAACGAGACAAGUUUGUCAGAAUGUCUCGCAAAGUGUUACAGUCCUUCAAGUUCUAAUGCAGUGACCGGAACAUGUGUGGAAGAGUGCCCUGUUACAACUGUUGCAUUAAGAACACAGUCAAAUGCCAAACUAGUAUCAACAACACGUUCAACUUCGACUACAAUUUCUUCCUCUUUGCUUGUUUUGUCAAGUCGGAUAGCCACUGCAUUGACAAUUGCUGACAGAUCAGAUUCAACAGCAUGGUCUAUGUUGUAUUCUAGACUGACAUCGGAUGCACGAUAUGCAGUAAGCGGGGCGGCAACUUACUUUUUCCCAAACAAUGAUUUGUCAUCAGAACGAUCUACUACAUCUUCAUCUUUGAGCGUUGAUUUAUAUGCAACAUUUACUUCUAAAAGCGCUACUAACUCUAGAUCUCCUUUAUCAAGACAAACGUCUUCAUCAAACAUUCAAUAUGCCAGUGAGAGAUGUACCAUUGGAUUCAUAACGAUGCCCAGAGGACCUUACAAUAAACUCACCUUGUGUAACCUAACUAUAGUGUCCGCGUCCGUAGUGAUUACCUGCGCAGUUGUGUGUAUUCUCGUAACAGUUCUAUUCAAUGUAAAAAGGGGAACUGCGGUUCGUGAUUCAUUUCAGGAGGAGGAAAAUGGAACAGGGACAGUUUAGACUGUAAGAUUCCUUCUCAUACUAAAAGAGCACUCCAGUUUUCAUAUGAGUCGUACAUUAUUAACUUGAAAUGUGCUUGAUUAUUUAUUCUAUACACAUACUUAAAACUCGAGAAUAUAACAAACGAUAGUUUUCAUGAUAGAAUAUCCUCUGAAGAAAAACAUUUGCUUUUGGCAUUACGUGCUUCAAGGUAACAAGUGUAUGUGCAAUUUUUUUUUGUUAUCAAACUAAUUAAUUAAUUAUUCGUUUAAUUUUGAUCAUUUAAAUAACGAUUGCUACGCAUGUAUAGCCACGUUACGUAUUGUAUUAUUUUAC